UCUCCUCUCUUAAAGGACAUCAUUCCUACUUCAACACAUUCUCAUUCCCUCAAUACAACACUUAAACAGAAUUUCACUAUGUCUUUUCCUCUCACAUUUGCCAUUCUACUCCUCCUCCAAUGCAGUACCACAAUCCUAGCUCAACCAGCCGCGGCUCCUGCCCCUGCUGGUCCGACAAACGUCACCAAGAUCCUUGAAAAAGCAGGCCAAUACACGACACUCAUACGCCUCCUAAAAAUCACACAAGUAGGUGAUCAGAUCAAUACUCAGCUCAACAAUUCAAACCAAGGCAUGACUAUAUUUGCACCAACAGAUAAUGCCUUCUCAGCUCUAAAAUCCGGAACCUUAAACUCCCUCAAUGAUCAAGAAAAAGUCCAAUUAAUCCAGUUCCAUGUUUUACCAACUGUUCUUUCCACCUCACAGUUUCAAACUGUCAGCAACCCUUUAAGAACACAGGCUGGAAACAGCAAUGGUGGACAGUUUCCGCUGAAUGUGACUACUUCAGGAAACAGCGUAAAUAUAUCCACUGGAGUAAACAAUGCAACAGUUGCCAACACAGUUUACACUGAUAGUACCCUUGCAGUGUACCAGGUUGACAAUGUGCUUCUUCCCCUGGCCAUGUUUGGUCCCAAAGCACCAGCCCCUGCACCAGGGCUUGCUAAGAAACCCGAGAAAAAGUCCGGUGCAACGGAUGGUCCAAGCUCUGAUGAGGGCACAGCUGAUGCAUCAGGCACAAGUGAGCUAAGAGCUAAAGGUUUGGUUGUGGGAUUUGUUGCUUUGGUUGCUGGAAGUUUUUUGUAACAUGCAAUUGAUGUUAGUGAUUGCUGGAGUGAGGUUGGUUUGCUUGGCGGAGUGGUUGUUAAUAAUUUCAUGUUUUGUUUCUGUGAAAUUGGUUACUCUUUUGUAAUGAAAUUUAGGGAAAUUUGGUCCCUUUGAAUGGAAUUCAAGUUUUUACGGUUGUAA